AUGCUGCCUAUAAAAAGGACACUUAACUCUUUGAUAAGCAAGGCUGCACAAAUUGCAUACCCUGUAAACGACCAAGCUACAAUAAUAGAAGGACAAUAUUUAUGUGAUUUCACCUCUAGCAUAGCUUCGCACAUUUACCACACAUACAAAAAAGGAGAAGUGUCAUUUGGGCUAUUUAAUCCAAGAGAAAUUGCUGAUGGGAUUUUUGUUAAUGUGAACAAGCAUGAGCUUAUUGAUAAAGUUACAAUAGGAGGCCAAGGCGAAAUUGAAGUAACUUUAAGCAAUCGCUAUUUAUCAAAUGCUUUAAACUCAGUUCUCAGCAAUGAAAAAGUCUUAAUUUCUUCAGAAAUUCCACAAAAAACCUAUUCCAUUUUAUUGACUGGGCCAACUCUGGACGAAGGCCUUGAGUUGUUUCACGUAAGAGAGCUUCUUUUAAGUGAAUCCAUGAAAAAAUGCAACGAAUUAUUAGGUAUCCCUACAUCUUCACAAUUUCUAUUCCGAAACACAAUAAAAUCCAGAUCUUCUCAAGACUCAAAAGAAUUGAAUGAGCUAUCAGCUGCUCCACAGUCCUUUAUAAACAGCAAUUUGACAGAUUUUAUAAAAAAUAGAUUUGGCUUGGAUUUUGAUUUUGUACCAUCUAUUUAGCUUUGCAAACGUUUAAAAACCAAUGUAACCUCAAUUUACGCAUCUGAUCUUUUGCAAGACAAGUGGCUUAAGUCAAGUGAAAACUCUGAUUUAAUUAUGAAUUAUUUUGAAAAUAAAUGGGUCAUAGAUUUUAUUAAUAUUGCGAAAACUUUUGCUGAAGGGUAUAAAAAUAUUGUAUAUGUGGUAAGGCAAUAUGAAGAAAGCUAUGAAAUCUUAAAGAUUAUAAAAGAAAUAAAUAACAAAAUUACAGAAAAUUUGGCGACAAAAAGGCUUGGUGAAGUAUUAUCAGUUGACAGAAGAUUAAAUGACCAGCCUAUACAUAUAGUUUUAGAUUUUUUUAUUGGCGCAUCUUUGAAUCAUAUACCGAAAUGCUAUGAUCCUGAUGAACUCAUAAUGUCAGCAAUAAAAUAUUCAAUUUUAAAAAAACCAUUUGAAGAAACAGUGCUAUUAAAUUUAGAUACUGUCCUUAAAAAAACAAAUAAAUCAUUUUUUGGGCCAAUUGCAGUAUACAACCACCUAGAACAAAAAUUAGAAGCUGGCAAUUUUUCACAGAAAAAUAGAGAAAUUCCUUUGAAAGACAUAGAAAAUAGCAUUGAAUUGAGAAAAUUGGCUAUUGAUUUGUGCCUAUUUCCUGAUGCUGUUUUUGAGUCUUCUUCAAAUUUCUCUGCACAGUAUUUAUGUGAUUGACUUGAAAGGACUAGUGAAAAGUAUAUGCUUGUGGAUACUUAUCUAGACAAGGAUAUGAAUCCUGGAAUGCAAAAAAUUGUUCACACAUUCUUCACUAAAGCUUUUGAAAUAAUUGGAAUUGAUGCUAAAUCUGUUUUAAGAAAAAACUAG